AUGGUGACUGUUAAUGCGAGUAUUGUACCGGUGGUACAUACCGUAUGUGCAUCUGCAGCGUUCUUGGUAGCUCUUAUAGUGGGUUGUAAGCUGCAUUAUGUCAAAAUUAUCACCAAUGCGCACUACACUUAUCCCGACGAAUGGUUCCCCAGUGUUUCUGCCACCAUUGGCGACCGGUAUCCAGAACGGUCCAUUUUUCAGAUUCUCAUUGCAUUGACGUCUUUUCCGCGAUUUCUAUUACUCUUGGGGCACUACAUGAUCAACAAAUCGACUUCCUGCUUUGUUGUUGGAGUUCUUAGAACCGUAACCUGUGGAGGAUGGGUUUAUAUCACGUCUACAGAUGAUCACGAUGUCCACGACGUGUUCAUGAUCUCUUAUAUUCUGUUGACACUGCCCUGGGAUAUUCUCAUUAUCCGUAAUUCCAAGUUCAAGAGUUACAAAGUUGGAGCCAUGGCUGCUUUCUUUGCCGUUAUAGUGCCAUUGAUCUAUUGGUUUCUGCAGCACAAUAUCUAUCAUAGAGCUGGGGCUUACUCUAUUUACGCAUAUUUUGAAUGGUCACUGAUUGUUUUGGAUAUCGCCUUUGAUGCUCUGGCAUUCAGCGAUUUCAAAGCGCUAAGUUUGAAUUUGGAGUUGACGUCCAAUGUUGGCAACUGGUUUUUCAUGUUUGAAAACAAGAAGUCCCUACAACCUGCGGCCUCAGAGGAAAUUCGGACCGUGAUUGAGGAAGAGUUGUCGGAGAUCCCUGAUGCUACAAUACACGAUGAAUCCAUCGAGUCUGAUGAUCCGGAUUACGCACCACAACAGGACGAGUCCAAGGAUGAGGGGGAGUUGUCUGAUCUGCUGGAAGAGGACAUCGUUUUGCUUCAGUCAAACGACGGCGCAGAGCUUCGAAUCAUGUUGCAAGACGAUGAAGAUAUUAGCUACCUAACGAACAAUGCAUCGGCCCUGCCAGUACCUUCCCAGACUUCCAUUAUUUACAUUGUCGUCAACAUUUUGAACUCUCUUCUGUUUUGGACUAUGCUCACGUCGCUGCUGUGUAUGGUGUGGUACUUCCCUCUAUGGUAUAUGGGCAUAUCAGGAUACGAAGCGUCCAUUUUGUCAGUGACGUCUCCUUUAUUGUUAUAUGUGCCAGCCAUCCCUAUGAUCGCCGAUGUCUACGGUCCUCUGUUCACUGCUGUAAUCGGCAUCGGUGCCUACUUGAUUGACUUACCCGAAAGCCGACUCUUGACGGCAUCUCUGGCUGCUGGUAUCACUUCUCUCAGCUUCAGUAAUACGCUGAGAAGCAUAACAAGUCAGAGUUCCGUUCAUAUGUAUAGUGCAACAUGGAUUAUGGGACUUGUGGGCUCCGUCAUCCUGAAAAUGGCCUUCUUUUCUCGGAACCCACUAUGGCCCAUUCUGAACGAAGAGAAUGGAGGCUGGAAUAAGACUGGGCUUGCUAUAAUGAUGCUCGCUGCUUUAUUCACUCCCCAUGUUAAUGCUAUUCACUAUCAAAAAUUGGAAUCGCCUCCACGCGUGCCCUACAAGCUCUUCUCGAAAAUGGUGAUUUCGGCAGGUUUUGGAGCUUUGAUUUUCUCGAUCCAUCAGCUACUCACCGAUGCUUCUACUAUAAUCUAUUGGUCUUGGGAAGGUUGGAGUACGAAUGGAUCCCAGGGGCCUCUAACCUGGCCAUAUAGCUCACUUACCUGCGUUGCUAUGUUGAUUGCUGCCAUUACUUCUCAGAAAUUUAUUGAAAAGCCCAUUAUCCCUGUCCUGCUUACGUGUGUUUCGACUUGCAUUCUAGCUUCCUCAUCCGUAACAGGGUGGCCCUGUUACGCUUUUGGCGGGAUCAUCUACAUUUUUGGGAUUAUUUGGAUCAUUCCCACCUACUUCUCGAAAAUGAACGUUAUCAAGAGUCCAUGGGCUUUCAGCUUUGCCUUUUUGUUCUACUUGGUUUUUGUACUGGCGCAUGUAUGGACCGUUGCGUACGCUUUUGUGCCAUUUGGAUGGGUACUAAGAGAAAGAAUCGGAACUGUUUUGAUCGGAUCAACUAUCCUGAUAACCCUAGGCACUCUCUCUGGGUCGAACCAAAAUGAAGGACAAGAGAAAAUUAGCAGAAAGUUUUGGAAUCGCAUUUAUGUUAUUGGUAUUUUGCUUGUGGGCUCGAUUGGUUUUAUCACCAUGAGGCUAGCUCCCACCGGCGUUCCUAUGCCUUAUCAUGCUGAGGACAAAACUAUAACGGCUGGUAUCUGGACUAUUCAUUUUGGCCUCGACAACGACAUGUGGUCUUCGGAAGACAAAAUGACGACGCUGCUGAAAGACAUGGAAGUCGACGUUGUUGGACUGCUAGAAACCGAUACACAGCGUAUCACAAUGGGAAAUCGGGAUUUAACCAGCAAAAUGGCUCAUGAUUUGGAAAUGUAUGCCGAUUUUGGGCCCGGUCCUAAUAAACACACCUGGGGAUGUGUUUUACUGUCCAAAUUUCCAAUUGUUAAUUCAACACAUUACUUGAUGCCUUCACCAGUCGGUGAGCUUGCGCCUGCUAUUCACGCGACUAUCAAAACUUAUGACGAUAUUCUCGUGGAUGUUUUUGUCUUUCAUGGUGGGCAGGAAGAAGACGAAGAGGAUAGACGGCUACAAAGCGAGGAGCUUGCCAGAAUUAUGGGAAGCACAAAUCGACCAUCUAUCCUUCUCAGCUAUCUCGUCACUGAUCCGCAUGAGGGGAAUUACAACAACUACGUCAGCGAUGUAUCGGGAAUGCACGACAUUGACCCAAGCGACGAUGAUAGGUGGUGUCAGUACAUUCUAUACAAGAAAUUGGGAAGAACCGGUUAUGCAAGAGUAAGCCGAGGCAGCGUCACUGACACCGAGUUACAGGUUGGCAAGUUCAAAGUUCUGAGUGAGGAAGAACUGGGAGAGCUCGGGGACUCUAUCUACGAGGCAACAAUACUCGACGACGACACGGAUGUUCCAGAGUCUCUCUUGUUUCCCGACGAAUACCAUGGCGAAGGACAACGAGGACAUCACUACCAUGUCUUUGACGAACCUCGGUACUACCAAACCCCAUGGUAA